UUCGGUGAUACAGUGGCGUAUUAUUAUUGUUAUGGAAGAAACUGUACUCUGUAGUAGAACCGUAAAUCGGUACCUAAUUUAUAACAAAACUGCAGUAAACGUAGCGUAUCAGGCUGGUAAUAUCUAGUAAUAACCAGAGUGAAUAGUAAAUAGCUCUUUGGACCUGUAGGCGCUUGGUUCCUUGUGUUUGUUGAGUUGAGACUGCGUGUUCCGUCUCCACCGACGCUGGACUUUACUAGGGCCUACUUGCUGCACACCGCAGUACAGGUUGACUCACUGAGUGUCAGUAUAGACGCUCGUCACAUAGGCCUAUAGGCUAUAUACUCAAAUUAUAAUACAGAAAGAAGCUGAGGAUGGCGAGGACAGUAUGCGCUAAGAGCAUGCUCUUGGUUUCUCUUUUGGUGUGCUGUUUUAUUGGGCUCACAGCUGUGAAGUAUGAUCCAAACUGGAAUUCUAUCGAUUCCAGACCACUUCCUUCGUGGUAUGAUGAGGCAAAAAUAGGCAUUUUCAUACACUGGGGUGUCUUUUCUGUGCCUGCAUUUGGGUCUGAAUGGUUUUGGUGGAAUUGGCAAGGUAUUAAAAAUCCUGAUCAUGUCAAAUUUAUGGCGGACAAUUACAAACCGGGUUUCACGUAUGCAGAGUUUGCGCCAAAGUUCACUGGAGAACUCUUCAAUGCCACUCAUUGGGCAGAUGUAUUCAAUUCGUCUGGUGCGCGAUAUGUGGUGCUAACCAGCAAGCACCAUGAGGGAUUUACACUUUGGCCCUCCAAUGUAUCCUGGAACUGGAAUGCAAUGGAUGUUGGUCCACAUAAAGAUCUAGUUGGUGAACUGGCUGGACCUGUUAGAAACAGAGGUAUGAAGUUUGGAUUGUACCAUUCUCUCUUUGAAUGGUUCCACCCACUUUAUCUGGCUGACAAAAGCAGCAAAUGGGCCACUAAACAUUUUGUGAAGUCGAAGACGAUGCCUGAACUAUACGAAAUCGUCAACGCUUAUCGACCUGACAUCAUCUGGUCAGAUGGGGAGUGGGAGGCCCCGGAUACUUACUGGAACAGCACUGACUUCCUGGCAUGGCUGUACAAUGAGAGUCCAGUGAAGGACACUGUGGUGACUAACGAUCGCUGGGGCAAGGAUACGUUAUGCAAACAUGGUGGAUAUUACACGUGUGUGGACAGAUAUAAUCCAGGUAUCUUACAAAACCAUAAGUGGGAGAACUGCAUGACUCUCGACAAGUCGUCGUGGGGCUACAAUCGGCGCAGUAACCUCACAAACUACCUCACGAUCCAUGAGACACUGACCGUUCUAGCUUCUACUGUCAGUUGUGGCGGGAACCUGUUGAUCAAUGUUGGACCGACAGCGGACGGAUUAAUCUUGCCAAUCUUUGAGGAGAGGCUGAGGGAGCUGGGGCAGUGGCUGAAAGUUAAUGGGGAAGCCAUCUAUUCAUCAGAGCCCUGGACUCAUCAGAACGACACCUACACGCCGGACAUCUGGUACACGAGCAAGGUGACAGCAGACGGCUCGCGACACGUCUAUGCGAUCGUGCUGCACUGGCCUCUUAAUAACCAGCUUCAUCUAGCAUCCGUCACCCCACAGUCUGAGAUGAGUGUGAACAUGCUUGGCCACGCCGCCGCGCUGGAGUGGAAACCUCGCCCGCGUGGAGGCGUCGUCGUCGCCAUGCCUGCGCUGUCUCCCCGUGACAUGCCGAGCCAGCACGCAUGGGUGCUCAAGUUCCAGCACCCUGCUUGAAAGAACGGCUGAGUCUGCCAGAGAACGGCGGGUGUGUGCAUGGGGGAUGGAGGCUGUGAUGCACUGAUGCAUUUGCAGCUAUGGUGUGAUCAUAAAUGAUGCAGUGAUCAUGCACUGCAAGCGUUUUAAGAUUUUAUCUUGGUUUAAUUCAUGAUCACGAAUGUAUAACGCAUCCAUUCCAGUUUAAUUAAAAUUGUUGAGUAGCUGUGAUAGUGUCAUAAACAAUGCAGUAAUCAUGGUUGUGGCUGGGAUAAUUAAUAUGUGAAUAAUCUGGAAUAUUAUGGAGCGUGUAUUCGAGAUUAACAUUAGAUUGUACAAGUUUUCUACAGCCAUUCUGUGCCUCCCUUUUUAACAUUAUGGUGAGCAUGUGCAUUAGUCUGAUAUAUGAAUAUUUGCGUAUAAGCAAGUAAUUUCUUGGUGUAUAAAUUUGUAUGAAAUGAAGAGAUGUUAAUAUAGAAUUAUAUAUAUUUGUAGGUAUAUUUGUUUCAUGGCCCAUUUUGUGAAUAAUUACAACAAAAGGAAACUCCUCUAAGUGUCCUUUAUAGACGAGGCGUUUGUCCUUUGGAAGUGGUUUAACUAGAUGACUGCCACUCAUGAGAUCUACCAAGUUGGUUUUAUAGACAGGUUUUUGGUUCAUAGUUGUCCAUGCACUACCACAGGUUUGAAUAUAUGUAAACCACCACUGGUCUACAUCAUUUGCAUUAUAUUUGUGGUACAUAUUUGUAUACGAAAUAAUUGCAUGACCUGCGCGAAUUUUUAAAACCUACUUAAGUGGAUAUAUGCGGCACAUGUGCUAAACGAAAAAGUGACUUAAUUCGUCAUGUAAAAUUAGUGUUCCCACAUGUAAUAAAAAAUACUAAAAUUUAAACAA